GGGACGCCGCUACUUGCCUACGACAGCGCAAGCAAACGCCAAUGCCAAUUGGGCUUGUAUUAUGUGUACUUUUUCCCUGUUGAUCUUUUUUUCACAUUGCCCAUCCUUCUUUCUGCAUCCAAAUACAUGCGCCUCUACCACUGCUUUACAACCGACGACGUUUCUUUAUCUGUCUUGCUUUCGACUUCCGGUACUUCACUUAGACUCCCUCGCCUUGUGCUCACAUCUCGGAACACUUCCAUCAUUCUCCACGUCUCUCUCAGUCUCCUCGCUCUCUUCUCGGCUUCCCCCCCCCCCACAUCCUGCUGGUCUUGGCCUCCCUCCCUUCGUCCUCCGCACCUUAAGGUACACGAAUAGGUACCUUCAGCCCAGGCUUGCCUCACCUUGCGCGGCUGGGCUAGGUACGCCAACGCCAGCAGGACCAGCGUGCCAGCCUACGGAUAAUUACCUACCUACCACAUCCAGCAGCGACCAAGGACCCCUACCCCCAAACCCGGUCGUCCUGUCUCUUGCGUUGCAAUGCGCUUAGCCUAACAUAAACAACACCCUUGCCUCACCUCACCUUAACUCACCUCGCCCCGUCUCGCCUGGCCUUACCAAACCUGACCUCACCUUGACACUGCUUACUCGGUCUCCCUACCGUCCAAUUCUCCUCCUUCGUGUUGAACUUCCACCGCGCAUCCCCCAUUCUCUAGAC